AUGUCAUGUCUGAAUCAAAAGCGCAAGCUGGACGACCAGGACGAUGUCACAGAGCCCAAGAGACCUAGAACCGAAGUCGAGAGACAUGACAAUUCAAGUGACUCUCCUGCAGCGAGCCUCACACCACCUGUUGGUGGUGAGGCGACAACGAGUAAGCCUCACCACGAGCUCGUGGCAGUACCGGAACGGGCGGAUAGUUGUCAAAGUGACUCUGAAGAUGAGGCAAAGAAUGAAGAACCUGCGGCGGGCACAGCCAGCGGUCCAUUAGUAGCGCCUCGGCCCUCACCACCUGCAAAGCCUUCGCAUAGAAUCAGAAAACUAGUCCCUCCACGACCUUUUCCAACCGUGCCAAAGUCUGUCUCAGCGACAGGCCCACGCUCAGCACACACGGAGGGCAAAAACUACAUCUGUGUUACGCGCAAGACGCCACUGGGCGCGUACCUUCGCCGGUGCAAGGAAGUCGUGGGUGAAGGAUAUAAGACUUUGCAUAUGAGUGCUAUGGGGGCAGCAAUUCCACAUCUUAUGCAGCUAACGGUGUCUCUGCCUCCGAUCCUGCCCUAUUCUCCAGACGAGGUCCAUACUGAGAUCCUCACCGGAACCAUGGAGGUGCAAGAUGAGUUAGUCCCUGAGGAUGAUGACGAGGAUAUCACGUACAGGACGCGGGGGAAAUCGACCGUCAGUGUUGUGCUCCGAAUAGGAGAUGGUAUCGACGACAUCGUCAAGCAUGGAAAGGGCAAAGGCAAAGGGAAGGGGAAAGGCAAAGGGAGGCUGGCGGAGGCCGUCAUUGGAGCGCCUAGUAGCAACCAUCAAGUGAUCAAACCGUAA